AUGUUGAUUGGACUGUGCGGUGGGAUAUGCGCGGGCAAAUCCUCCAUAGCCUCGUACCUGAUACACGAGUAUAGGUUCCGACAGCUGCAUCUUGCCCGAACCGCUGCAACACCCACUGUAGAAAAGUCUGCUUCCAAUGUCCAUGUGCCACGACCGGUGGGAGACGAUGAGCAAAACAGCCUUUCGUUCUCGACAAUAGACCAACUGCUUGAUUUUGUCACCAAGAGAUGGCGUGAGCGAUGGGUCACUACGGAUGUUUGGGACGAGGACAUCCUAGACGCCUUGCAAAGACGGCCCUUCUUCAUACUCGUGAGUGUCGAUGCGCCGGUCACGGUACGGUGGCAGAGGUUCAAGAACCGUUGUGCCGCAAGUCAACUCACACCCCCUGACCUCUCAGAUUUCGUCCUCCGCUCCGACGAAAAUCUAUAUUCACCUCCUUCUCAUCUGGCCGCCCUACUUCACCAAGCCCAAGUACGUCUUUUGAACCCAAUGAACUCGCUCGAGGCCUUGCACUCGGCUCUUACAGCCCUGGAUCUCCCAAACGAAGCACGUCUACGCCCAAGCUGGGACCAGUACUUCAUGCGGCUGGCUUCUUUAGCCGCCCAACGGAGCAACUGCAUGAAGAGAAGAGUGGGAUGUGUCCUAGUCAGAGAGAAGAGAGUCAUCAGUACCGGAUAUAACGGUACUCCACGAGGGAUUAGAAACUGCAACGAGGGCGGAUGUCCAAGAUGCAACGGCGGCCAAGGCGCCGGAGUGGGACUAGCGACCUGCCUCUGCAUCCACGCGGAAGAGAACGCUCUGCUUGAAGCGGGCAGGGAAAGAAUUCGGGAAGGCUCGAUAUUAUACUGCGACACCUGCCCCUGCUUGACCUGCAGUAUUAAAAUCACGCAAGUCGGUAUAAGCGAGGUAGUGUACAGCCAGGGGUAUAGCAUGGACACAGAGACCGCGGCAGUUUUCAAAGAAGGCGGCGUAAAUCUGCGGCAAUUCUCUCCUCCACGCGACGGUCUGGUUGACCUCAGCACACUUUCUCCAGCACUGGAAAUCGAGGGGCUGCGUGAAACGCCUGGCGUGCUAGGAAAUCCGCACAAGAACGGGAUCUAG